AUGGAAGCUCUCAAAGCUUCCUUUGUCCCAUCUCCUCACAUUCCAGCAACACCCGCGAAACUCCACAAAUCUGAGUUCUUGCAUUUUCAGUUCAGUUCGAUUCCCAGUUCAUUUGUCCAAUCAAAUGACAGAAACAUUAAGUCAAGCUCCAAGAUCUUUACUGCCUUGUCCUCAUCCACAGUUUCAGCAGAACCCUUAGACCCAACAGAGCCAGUUCUUGAAACUGAUAGCCGAGAAGAGAAAUUCGAUUGGUAUGCACAAUGGUAUCCAGUAAUGCCAGUUUGUGAUUUGGACAAGAGAGUGCCGCAUGCGAAGAAGGUGAUGGGACUUGAUUUGGUGGUGUGGUGGGAUAGGAAUGAGAGUGAAUGGAAGGUCUUUGAUGAUGCUUGCCCUCAUAGGUUGGCUCCAUUGUCUGAAGGAAGGAUUGAUCAAUGGGGAAGGUUGCAGUGUGUGUACCAUGGUUGGUGUUUCAAUGGCUCUGGUGAUUGCAAAUUUAUUCCCCAGGCACCCCCAGAUGGUCCUCCGAAAGUUGAAGGUGAUAUGAUUACUGAACUUUCCAAGCCAUUAUCUAUCCAGGUUCGCACAUUCAAGAGAGCUUGUGUGGCUGCAUAUCCAAGUACUGUGCAGAAUGACAUUGUGUGGUUUUGGCCAAAUACCAGUCCUGAAUACAAAGAUAUCCUUUCCACCAAAAGACCCCCUUACAUUGCAGAGUUGGAUGACCCAUCUUAUACCAAAUCAAUGGGAAACAGAGAAUUUCCUUUCGGGUAUGCAUGA